CAAAAAUUAAUGCCAAUUUGCAAUAUUUUUCAAUAUUGACAAUUCAUGCAACCUUAGAAUAAAUACACCAAUACACACUCAGCCUUUUCUCAACACAAAACCUUUUCCCAUUUGUUUUGAGCUAAAAGUAAGCGGAAGAAUCAAUUAUGGAAACAGAGCAAGGAGCUGAUCUGAUCAGCAGCUUACCGCCGGAUGUUCUGUUCCUCAUUGCUUCAAAGAUUCCAUUAAAAGAAGCAAUUAGAACGGCAGUUCUGUCGACCGCAUGGAAGAAUUUAUGGAGAGGAAAUAUAUUGAGGCUGGAAAUGGGGGUCUUUUCUCGAACUGCAGAUCUUGAAGCCAAGGAGAAGAUAAAACAGAGUAUUGGGACAUUUUUAAUGUGUUCCGAUCAUCCCGAGAGGUUGAGACUCUGUAUCAAUUCUGUCCGCGAAGAUUACUCCAGCAACUCCACUUCGAAGAUUGUGGACGAAUCAAUGGCGGUUUUUACUAAAGGAAAAGGUGAGCUCCAUUUUGACUUCUUAGCUGUACGAGAUCAAGAGCAAUUGAAAUCAGUUAGAACCAAAUUCAACCUGAUUCUCGAAACGGGUACGCUAAAAAUUGAUGGGUUUUCUACCCUGAAGAGUCUACAUCUCAGAUCAGUCACCCGAGUUGGACAUUAUUUGUUGCCGGAAUUGUUCUCCGGUUGUGUUUCUUUGGAACGUUUGAUGAUUGAGAAGUGCAGCGGGUUGCUGAAUCUUGAGAUUAAAGCAAACAGCUGUCUUCGGGAGCUCAGAAUAAUCGAUUGCUUCCACAUUAACAGCAUCAAAUUAGUAGCUCCGGGCCUGCAAACCUUUUUCAAUCGAGGGAUUCUUUCAGUUGUUCAGAUUGAUGCGCCGCAAUUGGUUGAUGCCACUUUGAAUUUUAGGCACGGCAUCGGACACAACAACUUCGAUUGCGAGGAUGUUUUGUGCCUCCUUUUUUCGCUCAGGGAUGUGGAGAAGCUCACAAUUAGCGGGUGGCUUAUUGAAUGCUUGUGCAUGGCUGGUGUCAUUUUCGGGCAGCUUGCAUUCAAGUUUGAAAAGUUAAAAGAGCUGAUUUGUAUGGAUUCUGGGAUGGACGCAAUGAAGCGUGAUUCAAUAGCUUGUUUCUUGAACAACACCACCAUUUUGGAGCGGCUGUUUGUUAAGGUUAGUGGAUAUAUAUAUAAUAAUAAAGAUCCAGUAUUAGUAUUUUACCAUUCUAGAUUGAAUCGUGUUAAAUGCAACCAUAAAAAGAUAAAGGCCGUCGUAAAAAAAAACAAUUCUGACUUUUUCAUUUUUUCAUUCUAAAAUAAGUGAUUUAGACACUAUAAUUAUUAAUUAACUUAACUUUUAAUCAUAUAUUAACUAACUUAACUACUAUUUUAUAUAAAAAAUAUUUUUUCCAAUAUAUUUUAAUGAAAAUGAUUUUCUUUGUUAAAUUAAUAUAAUACAACAAUAUCAAUUAUUAAAGUGCAACGUUGAGAUUUUUAUUUAUCAAAAGAUAUAGUAAACUCUUUAAUUUGAUUUUCCGCGAAGGCGAUUUUCUUCGGCCAUCGAUUUGAAAUUUAAGAAGGUUGAAGAUUACUAUUUGAGGUUGAAGAUUAGAGUGUAUGGUUAAAGUUUGGAAUUUUAAAAUUUGAAUUUGGAAUUUAGAAUAUAAGGGUGAAAUUGAAAGUUAACUCUUGAUCAAUGGCGGUUUUUAUCUUUUUCCUGACGGCCUUUAAGCUUCUAAUUCUAGAUUUUAGAAUACUGUAUUCUUUUUUCCUGUCCUCAAGGGGAGAAUUAGAUAAAAUAAUGGUAACACAUCUGGAUAAUUUGUGUCACGUAAUAACAUAAUGAAUCUGUGUGUGUGUGUGUGAAACAGGUGGAUGGGAACUUGGAUCAAAUCACGAGUCCGAACCUACACGGAUUUUGGCACGAGCCACAUUUGUGGAAGGACUACGCAGAAGUGAAAUCCAACGCAUCUCCUUUGGUGCAUUUGAAAACGAUCCAACUUGUGGGAUUGACCGGCGGCAAAGAAGACGAAUUACUGCUAAUAGAUCUUCUGCUACACGUGGCGGUGAACGUGAAAGAGAUGAUAAUGACAUUUCCGGAUAAAUCUACAUGGAAGGUUAGGGUGAUCCCUCGGAGUCAACUGCAUUACGCUGUUAAGCCAAAUCAGAAACACAAGUUGAUCUCAUCCCCUAAUGGCUACUCGGUUUACGUGUUAACCGAAACCCCGCAGACUUGAAAUAUUGGAUUAUAAUAAUUAAACGCUCACAUGUAUUAGAUAGAUACGUAUGUUUAAUAUCAUGUGACAAAACAAAAGUAGCUCAUGUAUAUUAUAUGAGUCUCUAUCCAGUAUAUUCGGGGUACCAUACUCUCCCUCUUAUUUUUAUACUACUAGUCCUUAUUAUACUUUUUUCCACUUUUCUAAAUAACAUCCUACAAUUUACAGGUUAGUCCCUUUGAUUUUUUUUCUCUCUCCUUUAAAAAACAUCUUUAAUCUUUAAACGACCAUAUCUCAUGAUCUGUAAAAAAUUAGAG